UCAGAAAUCUUACGAAAAUUUGUCAACAAAAGCAUGCGAAAAUUGUUCAGAUGCUUCCUUACUUUGUUUUUGGUUUUAUUUUGCACAAUUUUAUUGUUUUUGCUGAUAAUGAAUGAUAAAUUUGAGGAUGUACGAGACGAUUUUCUACUGAAUGAUUAUUUGAAUAAUAAUGAUGAAGAAAGCAAGCCUAGACAUGAACAGAAUGAUCCCAUUCCGAAUGAAACAGUAACAGAACCAAUUAUCCUGUGGUGGACCCCAUUUACUGGUGAUGCAGGACUUUACAAAAAAUGCGGAGAUGUUAAAUGUUUCUUUACAAAUAACAGACUGUAUAAAGAUCAUGAUAAAUUACAGGCAUUUAUGUUUUAUGGAACAGACUUCAAGCCAUUCGACUUACCUGUUCCUCGGAAGCCUAACCAUGACUGGGGACUGCUACAUGAAGAAUCUCCGAAAAACAAUUACUUAUUUUCGCAUGAAGAAAUCAUGGAGUUGUUUAAUUAUACGUCAACAUUCCGUAGAGAAUCAUCCUAUCCAAUACCUACACAAUAUGUGGAUAGUAUCAAAUGGUUAGAAGAUCAAACAUACUUUGUUCCAAUUAAAGAGAAGAAUAAAUUCUUAUCAGAGUUAUCUCCCAUUAUGUAUACACAAAGUGACUGUGAUGUUCCAUCAGGGAGAGACCAGUACACCAAGAUGUUGAUGGAGUAUAUAAAUGUUGAUUCUUAUGGUACCUGUCUGCACAAUAAAGAUUUACCAGCAAACUUAAGAGACCCUAUUGAAGGAAUGGAUCACAUGGAAUUCUACAAGCUGAACGCUAAAUAUAAAUUUUCUCUGGCCAUGGAAAAUGGUUUGUGUCCAGACUAUAUGACAGAAAAAUUAUGGAGGCCAUUUCAUCUAGGAUCAGUACCCAUUAUUUUAGGAUCACCUAAAGUUAAAGACUUUUUGCCAUCCAAUCAUUCAGCAAUAGUUGUAGAAGAUUUCAAAACAGUCAAAGAACUAGCAGAUUAUAUAAAAUACUUGAAUGAUAACGAUGAAGAAUAUGCCAGAUAUCUUGAAUGGAAGUCCAAGGGUGUCAGAAAUCAGUAUUUAAAGAAAGAAUUAUCAGAACGAGAGUGGUCAGUUCAAAGUAACUGGGAAGAGGCAACAAUCAACUUUAUCGAAGGUUUUCAGUGCUAUGUUUGUAAAAAGAUUCAUGAAAAAAAUGAGCGAGUGAGAAAUAAAAAGGAACCUGUGAAAUGUCAAGCAACAAAAGAUCAUUACGGUUGUCCAGGUCCUGUUAGUUACCAUGACGAUGGCAGGCGUAAGGAAGGAGGAAGCUCUUCCUGGGACUAUGAAUUUAAAAAAUCAAAAUAUUUAGCGUUAGCUGUGAACAGACUUAUAUCAUUAGGACAAAACUUUUCCAAAAAAGACCUGUUUCAAUUAGCUAAAAUAAUCAAGGAUGAAUUAAGAUGACGUCAACCAAAUUAGAUUACAUAUACAGUCUAAUCUUUUUCCUUUAGAGUAAGUCACUUUAGUGACACAUUAGUAAUUCAAUUUGGGUAAAGUUGAAAAUAAUCUCCAUUUAGAAAAAUUAAUAUAUUUUAGGGAGCAUUUUGAUAAGCUAGAAGAUGAAAAGCUUUAUAAAUUAUCUGUCAAAAUAGAACCUGAGUUGUUAGUUUUCUCUUUUGAAUUGUUUCAAAGUUUGUUAUCCUGGGACCUUUUAUAGCUUCAAGGUUUCCACCUUACCUUGAAAACUGGAAAAAGUCUGGAAUUGUUAAUUGAAAAUAGAUGAAUUUCCUUGUUUUUUAGUCCUUGGUGGAUAGUUGUCUUAUUGACAAGCAUCUCACUUGUCCUGAUUGUUAUAUACUUUAUCUUAAAAAAAACCCACGAAAUACAUUCUGAAAAACACCAUAAAAAUAUUUUUUUAUGAUGUUGAAGAAAAUAGUUUAUUUUGAGACAGAAUGUUCUGUCAGUUUAUAUAUAUAUCAGUAUUUUUUAUUCAUAUCCUUAUAAUCUUUUUUUUUUUUAAUUCCUGCAAGAUUGCCAUGUGUCUUUCAGUUUGAACUAUUUUUUCUGUCAACAGCUCUGUGUAGAGAAUCCCUCAACUAUUUAUAUACAAAUUUUACCUUCCAUGCAUGAAAUACUACAUACAAUUGUAUAUUUCUAUGCCAUUGAAGGAAAGAAGAGGUUAGUUUCAAAUUUAAUGACCAAAUAUCACUAAUCUGAAAUAUCUUGAAGAAAGUCAUAUUGUUAUUGCUUUUAUCAAACGGGUAUAUUUGUACAACAAAAAUAUUUCUGCUCCUACAAUACUGUGCAACAACUUUUAUUUGAAGAUGCAUAUUUUUCUGUUUAUUGAAAUAACUGUGUUUUAAACUCUAUAUAGAUAAUAACAACAACUCUAAUGUAUAAUUAAAUGUAAUGCAACUUUUUAUUGUGUGACGUCUGCCAAACACUCCAUAAUUGGCAACAACCCAGAGCAAUCACAGUUGACAAUUUGGGAUUUUUAUGCCCCCGCCGUAGGCCACAGGGGCAUUAAGUGUUACCCUUAACUCUUUCCAUCUUUCUGUCCUUCCGUCUUUCCAUCUGUCCGUCCCAUUUUUGUUUGUUUGAAGCUUGAGCGGGGGCAUUUGUGUCUUCAGACACAUUCUUCUUUUAUUUUAAAAUUUAGUUUAGAGCAUUUUACCAAUGUUACAUAAGAAUAGGAUUAACAGUUUUGUAUUUGAAGAGAUAUUCCUAUAUAGUCCCAAUUGUCAGAGGGAACUCUUAAAAUACAGUACUUUUAUUCCUAACUUGCUCAGAUGGAUUUCAGAUAGAUCUUUGUCUUAUCCUACAUGAAUUAAGCUGUUUGUUCUGACCAUUGUCAAUUUUGAAACUGAACAAUUCUUUAAAUUGUUGAUGAAAUUUAGAUAGUUGAACAAAUGAAUGUUUUGUUCUGCUUUAUUUAUUCUUUGGCCAAAAUAUUAUAUAUAUAUACUAUGUGUACAUUGUACAUAUUUCCUUGCCUCCUGGCAGCAAAAAAAAUAGGGGAGGCAAGUACAGUGCAUGGCCAUAUGUAUUCGUCAAGAAGAUUUUUUUGUUAAAACUAAAAAAAACCAUAGUUUUAAAUGAAAUAUAUAGCAGAAAUGUAAGUGACCAAUAUAUUAUGGCCAUGCACUGUUUGUUGAAUAAUUUUAUUGAAAAAAAUAUUUGUUUUUAUAUACUAUAAUGGGGAAAUAUUCUGGACUUAAGCAGUUCUUAAUUUAAAAUAUCUGGACUGCAACAGUGCUUAACCAAAGAUUGUCCAUAAAACUGAUUUUUAAAAGUCAGACUUAUUCUAAAUCAAAAUUAGUAUAUUUUGUCUAUUGUUUAUGAUAUAAUGUUUAUGUUUUUUAAAGAGAUAUAUUUUUUUUAUUUUUAAUGACUGCAAAUCUACCAAGUCCUGCAUGAUUCAAUGUCCAUUUAUCAGUAGAAAUCCAUGCAUCAUAUCUUAUUUAUAUACAUGUAUUUUUACCUGUUUUAAACAUGUUUUUUAAGUUGUCAUCAUUUUAGUGCAAAUGCAUGAUUUAGCAAUAUUUUAUGUAAUCUAGUCAUAUCAUAAUUAAAUUCUUAACUAAAAUCACAUACCAGUUUUAAGCUCUUUUGCUAUGGUGGGCGCAUUGCAUUUGCACCAAAUUUUACAAAAUCCAAUCUUUCAUUUGUACCACCAGGUUAUAUUUCAAUUGUGCCAUAAAAUAAAAACUACAUUGUGCCAUUUUACAUCUAACAUAUAACGGAAAAGUUUAAAUUAUUUAUUGCUACAUUGUGAGUAAGAAUUUUUUUUAGAGUAUUCCCCCUGGGUAAACAAGUAAGUUCAUACUCAUUUAUAAUAUAAAACUGAUAGUCACUUAGGUUUAAAUCUGUAUAGUGUUCACAUGUUUGAGGUGUCAAGAUUGACAUUGUCAAUUCUGAGACAAACAGGCCAAUUUUCUCAAUAGGAUUGUUUCAUAUUUUUCAUGUCGGGGCUGUUUAAAGCCUACUAUACGGUAUGGGUUUUUCUCAUUUUUAAACGUGUAUACGGUUGCCUAUAAUUGCUUUCAUCCACUUCAUUUGAACUUUGGUGGAUAGUUGACUCAUUGGCAAUCAUACCACAUCUCUUUAUUUUUAUAUAGAGGAAAUAAGUCUGUAAUUUUUUAUGACCACACAUAUAGGUUAUCCAGUGUACAUGAGUACAUCAGAGCUGUUGAUUACAAGUCUUGUGUCAGAACAAACUUUUGGUUUUACUCCAGUGUAUAUAUAGUGCUUUCGUUUAGGUUUUAUGAUCACGUUAAUUUAUAAAAGAACUGUGUUUUAACAUUAUUAUGAAAGUCUCUUAUUAAGAACGUUUCAGUGUAUAGUGCUUUCAUUAUGGUUACGAUGACUGAUUUCAGAGGAAUAUGUUUUAUUAUGUAAUCAAUAACUGUGUUUUAAAGUUAUUAUUAAAAGUCUCUUUUGAAUAAACUAUUUUUUAUACUAUUUACCUGUAUUAUUGACACAAAUUGAAUUUUUUAUUUUAGCGCAAAUGAAAUAUGGUUUGUGGCGUAAAUGAAAGAUUAUUUUGGCGCAAAAGCAAAGUGUUGCACUUGGUGUCCGUUGUCUGUUGUCAUUUGCGUCCAUUGUCUUUUAACUUUUACAUUUUUCCUAUUAUCUCGAAAAAUGUAAUAGAUAGACAGAAACUUUAAAUAGCAAAAAGGAUCAGCAAAAAGAGAUCUACAGAUAAGUCAGCAUGAAGGAAAUUGUUAGUCGACUUCUUAUUGAAGUUAUUACCCUUUAAUUAUGAUUUUUCCCAUUUUUUGCAUUUUUGCCUAUUAUCUUAAAAACUAUAAAGCUAAGAUAGAAACUUUAAAUAGCAAAAAUGAUUAACAAGACAUGAUCUACAAACAAACCAUUUUGCCAAAAUCUUCAGUUAACUAAUUAUUGGAGUUAUUGCCCUUUGAUGAUAAUAUUUACCAAUUUUUUUGGCAAUCUUUACCUAUUUUUUGUAAAACUAUAAUAGCAAAAUAGAAACUUUAAAAAACGAAAAAUGAUCAGCAGGAUAACAUCUACAAAUAUGUCAACAUGACUGAAAUUGUCUGUUUACUCUUAAUAAUGUUAUCCCCUUAUAAUGAUGAUUUUUACUAAAAAGUGGCCAUUGUUGAAGAUGCAGUGAGUGACAUAGGCUCUUAAGAGCUUUUAGUUUUAAGUUUUUACAAUGCAAAGUUACAGUAUAUUGAUACUGUGGAUUCAUUAUUAUUUGUUGGGUACCAGUUUGAGUGGAUUUCAUGUGUGAAGAUGAACCACAAAUUUGAUUGUUCUGUGAAUUAUAAAGGCAUCAUAGGAUUGUAUGCAAACCUUGGCAAAACCAUGAAAUCAAAUAUCAACGAAAAUAUAUUUUUUCUCCCAUCCAUGAAAAUUGGUACCCAUGUAAAUAAAUGAAUCCACAGUAUGGCUUCUACAAUAUUAAGAUCAUAGAUAACAAUUGAUUGAAAAAAGUGCUUUGAUUCUUUUCCUUCAAGUUCAAAGUAAAAACAUCCACAAAAACAAAACUUUUGUGAAGUCUUGAUAUCAAUUACAGAAGUGGUAUAUGAUGUUUGCACAAAAUUUAUUUGAUCCUGUAUGAAUGUGUAACAUAAUAUAUUUCAUGUUCUGUAAAACCUUACAUAUUACCUUACUGUUUUAUA